GAACGUCUUAUUCUAGUAUCUACUAUCUAGUAUGUUAGUGCUUCUAUCUUUAAUCGUGAUCAACGCGUUAAUGGUAAAUGUAAACAUAAAAUUCGAGUUCGACGAAACGAAAACGAAAUAGACUUUUCAAUAUUAUGAUUUAUGAAUGAAAGUUUAAUGUUGAUGAAAUUGUUGCUUUUCUAUUAAAUGAAUUGUAACUUGUAACUAAUAAAAUUAAUUUUAAGUUUAAUUUUAAAUUUAAAUUUAUAUUAGUUUGUUAUUUACCAUGGCGUAUUCUACAAGUGUGAAUAUUAGUAUUGAAACACAAGCCGAAAACAUUAUUCAGGAAAUUUCAUAUGAUGGACAGGAAAUCUAUCAACCGGCAUUGUCUAUGUCUGAUAAUUUGUCCAAGCUUGCACAGAGAAUUGACUUCAGUAAGGUUGAUGAUGACUCUAAGCAACAAGAAGUGGAGAUCAAAAGUGAAGAAGAAUCCAAAGAGCCAUCUCCUAAUGUUCCUGUAUCUGGAUGGAUUGAUUCUGUAGUUUCUAAACUAAAGAGAGCAGCAACAGAGAUUUGUGUUAUAUCAGAUGUGUUAGCUGUUACAAAAGAAAAACGAUAUAUGAUACUUGAUCCAAUUCCUACUGAAUCAAUUGAAACCAAACCAAUGGCUCAAAUUUAUCUUCGUAAAAAGGCAUUAGCUAGUGCAUCAAAUAUAAUAAUGUCUGCUGUAGACCGAUUAAGAAGUAGUCAGAAUGAAUUCAUAAGAAACCGGACUACCCCUGAUUUUCAUAUUGAGUUAUUAAGAUUACGACAAAAUUGGAGAUUAAAAAAAGUUUCUACAGCUAUUAUUGGUGACUUAAGUUAUAAAACAGCUGGUUCAAAAUUUGGACAGAGUGGUAUGUUUGAAGUUACAAAAGCAGAAGAUGAUAUUCAAUCAAAUUCUGGAACUUCUUCCAAUAGCCCAUCAUCAUCUCCUGGUCAAAAUGUAUCAAUCACUAAAUCACCAUCUGCUCUUAGAGUAACUGUACCUACUGAACUACAAGGAGUAUCUUACAUAAUGGUUUUGUGCCAAAAAGAUCAAGAAAAUAUUUUUAACACUUCAUUUAAUCUAUUGGGCUCAGCUCCAGCUACUCCUAAUCCGGAUAUGCAUUGGCAACAAAAAUUAGAAGCUGCUCAAAAUGUAUUGUUUUGUAAAGAAUUAUUUAAUCAGCUUGCUAAAGAAGCAGUUCAAUUGCAAGCAACUAUACCACACAUGGUUGUUGGAAAUCAAAUUUCAGCUACAGUGUUUCCUGGUAUCCAAUUAAUUAUCGGAUUAUGUCAUAGUUCAACAAAUGGUAACCCUAAUACUAUUUUACCAUCUAAAACUGAUCAUGAUCAUGUAUUAGAACACUCUCUGCAUCAACUUUUAAGAGAAGUGCACCAUAGAAAUACUCAUCAACCAUUUCCACAUCCUUCUUCUGGACCUUUAGGUCCAAGUAAGCGUCGUGCAGUUGCUGGGCCUAAUGCUGCCGAUCGUUUUGAAUUAUUAGAAAUGUCUAAGAGCCAAACUUUAUUAGAACAAAUUAUAGAACAAGCUCAACACUUUUUCAUGAGAUUACGUACAGAAUAUGUUAUUGAUACGCUAGCUAAAGAAGUUAAAGAUCCAAUUAUAAUUUCACAUUGGAAUUCAUUGAACUCUCCAACACAAGCUUGUGUUAAAGUUACUAUUGUGUCACAUGGAUUUGAUUGUAUUUGUCGAACUUCUUUAGUUGUUCAUGUAAUGAAAAAAUCAUUAAAAUGUAUUUGCCGAGAUGGUCGAGUAAUGUAUUUAUCAUAUGAACCACAAGAAUUAAGAGAUCUCAUUUUUUGCCAAAUUUAUCAACAUCAAAUAAUGGGAGUACAGUCAGUAGCUAAAACACAAGGAUGGCAAUUCUUAGCUAGUUCUUCUCACCUUGGUCUAGGUCCAGUUGAACCUAUGGGAAAUGCCAGCUCAUGUCUCUUAGCUUCACCAAUUGGAGAUAGGUUGAUAUCUGUAAAAUGUGAACCACAAGGCAAUGUUAGUGUGAGUAUUGCACAUUCACCAAAAAAAGACUUCUUUGGAGGCCAAUUAGUAAAAGAAAGAAAAUGGGAAAAUUUGGGAGGUUCGUUUAAAAAAGUAAGGUGGGACAAAAUGGAAGGUAAAAACUUUUUAAACAAAAUUGAACUUUUAAUGGCUAGUUUAACCAACUCUACCUAACUUGUGAACAAUAAAACCUGUUAAUGUAAAAAAAAAAUUUUAAUGUAUUUAAUUUAUAUUGUAUAUAAUUUUAUUAGUUCAGUAUAAUUAAUAUUCAUAAGAAUAAACAUAACUAUUAUUACAGUAAUGUAUAAGUAUUAGUAAUAUUUCAUUUAUAUUUGAUGUGUGUUAAUGAUAAUAAAUUAUUUAUGCUGAAUUAAGAGUAUACCUACUAAUUAGUCAUUUAAUUAUUUGUAUCAAUGUGUUAAUUUAAACUAUUUUUUAAUCGAGUAUUCAAGUUAUUAAUUUAUUAUAAUUUAUAUUUAUAGCAAAUAAUCAUCUUUUAUAAUUUAAAUGAUGAAACUUAAUGGCAUAAUCAUGGUGAUCAUUUUUUAAAUUUUCAAAUACAAAAUAUUGAUUAUGUAAUUAUUUUUGAUAAAAAUUGUACUAUCUAGUGACCAAAUUCAAAACUAUUAGCUCUUCCAAUGUUUUUUUUUUUUAUAAAAUUUUAAUAUAAUAGCUAAAAAAUAAAUAAAAUAUAUUUUGAUGUUCUUAUUUACAAAACCUUCAUAAAACGCGGUUUUUGCCGGUUCACGCCAUUAUUCAUAUAACAAUAAAUAUAUACUUAUAUAUGUAUUAAAAUUAAAAAAUUGAAUGAUUAUAAAUAUAAAACAGUGGUAUAAUUAAAAAUAUUUAUUUAUUAACGAUAUAUUGAUAUAAUAUUAAAAAAAAUUGAAUAAUUAUAAAUAUAAAACAAUGAUAUAAUUAAAAAUGUUUAUGUGUUAUGUUAUUCCCAAAAUGCUGCUAUAUCUUUUAAAAUGGUUUCAAAUGAAUCACUAUUAUUCAGUUUUGAUCACCACAUAAAUACUGCCAAAUACGAGUCUGAAAAAUAUCUAUCUGUCCCUUUACGUUUUUUGUUGCCCCAGUUAAGGUUAAGGAGGACUAAGUGGGCUGCAGCCCAGGGGCCCAACAAGUUUAUGAUAUUUU